AUGAAUACCAACGACUCGGAUUCGGCGGCUGAAGUCUUGGCCGACCUUGCCGGCCUAGAUCUGGGGGCCAGUGAUUCGCACGCUGAGGCCGACCUCGUCGACGAGACCCGCCUCGCCAGCGGCGGUCGUUCCAGCAACAGUUGGGCCAGCAACCCGGACACCACGGCAAACCGUAGCAACGCGGCCCGCGGUCAGACCAGCAGUUCAAAUGCCCGAACAGCAGGUGGCAACGUGGCUCACAUCCUCGACAAUGAGGGAAGCCUCUCUUAUGUCGAUAUCCCCACUGACGAGGAUGAUAUGGAGACUGCUGCAAAUAAGAUGGAGACCAUCGCAGAGAUGAUCGUUACUAGGCACAAACUGCACAUCAGUGAUAGACCCACACGUGUCAUCGCCAAGCAAAGAGCAAGGCAGCAUUCCAGAGACCGCAUGAAGCCGGAGGAGCUCAACAUGUGGGAAGCAUGGAUCGAGCACCGCUUCCAAGUCCGAUCGUUUCCGUGGAACAUGGAGCUACCCUUCGCCGAUCACGCCAUGGAAAGCCUUAGAGGGUAUGCCCUUGCGAUGGACACAGUUUGGGGGCAUAAGAAUGCCACACCCGGCAAUGCUGCAUGGUGCCUCCAGCAUAUGAGACAAGUUGUUCCUCUUCUCAAGGCGGUCAUAAAGGCGCGGACAGCUGAGGAGUAUAUCCUGCGAUAUGGCCUAGAUCUGCAGGUUCAAGGGCCGCAGAAGUAUGAAAUGGAAACCAUGUGGGUGAUUCACGAAGCUGGUGAGAGGUGUCUGGUACGUGCGGGUGAUUGGCACAGACAAGCCGAUACGAUCUGUUCGGCCCUGGCGGUCAUCCGAAAUCGCGUGCAUCAGAUCAUCCGGCCGGCAGGUUGGUGGGAUGAUUAUGAGACCGAGUGA